AUGUACACAGUUUCACAAACAUGGUGGAUGCUUGCUCAAGCGGUACUGUGGAAUAUUGGCCUAGGGCCGUUUUUUGCACGGACCUCACCGCGCUCGGUCGACACUACCGCGACGUCGGGCCAAUAUUUCCUAGUGCGGCCCUCGAGCUCGGUUGUUAAGAAGUUAUCUAUCCUUUACCUUUUAGACGUCUUGAUCGUUAAUCGUUAUGAAUACUACGAGAGGCUCACUAACUUUGAUGUCAGAGUUGGCGUCAACACAAACAAUUUACAGAACCCAACAUGUCAUGACCGCGUGGGGACUGUGGGCCAGGGACAAUUCCUCACCGUUCAGUGUGAUCCACCAAUCCCAGGACGAUACGUGUCCGUGCAGAUGUUUGGAGAGGGAAUCCUUACGUUAUGUGAGGUGUUUGUUUACUCCAGAGUCGGUGCCAUGGCGGAUCUGUGUCAGCUUGAUAAUGGCGGCUGUCAACAGGUUUGUUAUAACCUGUGUAACCUGAAAGUCCAGUGUGGCUGCUGGCCUGGUUACAACAUCGCUUAUGAUGCCAAAACCUGCAUUGACAAGGAUGAAUGCCAGACAAACAAUGGAGGUUGCGAUAUUACAAAUGGUGUGUGUAUCAACACCCCAGGUAGCUAUCUUUGUGCAUGUAAACAGGGAUACGAGCUGAAGGAGAAUAGCCAAUUGCUCUGUGAAGGUAAGGCCAGGAACUGAUCAACUUCACCUUCUAGUGAGUGUAUAGUAUCAAUGAGACUUGCGCGUGCACCUAUAUUCAAAGCUACUACAGUUCAAACUCUUAAUUACGGAUACCAAAGGGACAGACCUGAAUGUCCCAGGGGUAGCCGCAUUAGACUUAUCCUGCGAACACAGACGUAUUUCCGGCUGUCGUUUGUCUCCACCGAAAUAAAGUCUGCGAACCCAAGCCAGGAAACGAUUUCUCUGACGUAAUGACUUUUGUGGGUGUCUGGAAAACCCGAAUAGCGAAUAGCGAAUAGUCGCGAAUAGCGAACAGCGAAUAGUCCCGAAUAGCGAAUAGUACGAAUAGUGGCCAAUAGUGGCACAUAGUGGCACAUAGUGGCAAAUAGUAGCAAAUAGGGUACCCAGUAUCUCGCAGUCAACCUCGUAGCAACUUAGGAUGGAUUUUCCCGCAAAAAAG